AUGGACGAAGAAAUGCGCUCCUCGCACGAGGAUGAGCCGAUGGAUGCCGCGCCCGAGCAGGAGGAUUUCGAGAGAAUGUCGGACGAGGUCGCUCAAGAGGAUGACAUGCAGGCAGAAAGAGAUCAGGAGGAUGAAGAAGAUGCCAUACCUGUCGACAUAAAGACGCCAUCGGAGACGCUUGUCUUACCGGAUGAGCCUCUCGACGAUUUCCUCAAAGCUCACGAGUCUCCUCACAUGCAAGCGUUGGCCGCACCUGACGGCAAUAAACAAGGUCCUUUGACGGUUGCUGCACUCCAUGAUGGGUCACAUGACCGUCAAGCGAACGACGCACUCGGCUUCAGGUCCCCGCCUCGCGUAAUGUCGCGUGAUGAUGGUAGACAGAUUUCCGUCCUCGGCAGGUCGGCCGUAAUCGGACGUGACGGACUGGAUCUUCAGAGUCAUGCGGGCCGGUCCUCUGACGCCGUUCGGCAUCGUACGCCUGACGCAAAUGGCGCCAUACAGCGGCAUGGCGAUGUCGGUGAUGGCAGCGUCGAGCCUGAUGACACGCGAGGUGGCGCGCUUGCCAGCAACUCUGAGCAGUCACAGUCGACCAAGGGUAGCGCACGAUCGCAUAUCAUUGGUCAAAGUCAGCGCUCCAAAUCUGAGGAUCAGGAGCAGGAACAAACCAUGAGUGGCGGCAGAGAUGGCUCCGUCAAUAUGAAGCAGACGCAGGAGCAAAGCACCGACAAGAGCGCCGAAAGUGACAAGCAGGUUAACAAUGUGAAGAUUCAGGAGACUGACGAUGACGGCUCGGCCGUUGAGGGCGACGGGAGCCAAGAUGAGGGCGGUGACGGUGCAGACGCUGAGAGCGAAGACGAGGCGGAAGGAAAGAAUUUCAAGGUAACUACCAACCAGCAGAACAUCAAAGGUGGCAAGAAGGGUGGCGACGAAGGUGCCGAGGACAGUGAGCACGCGACGACUCAGAUCAACCGGAUCGAAGUCCAUCGAAGGAGCGACAACUGCGGAUCCGGCACGCAUGCUGGCUCGACUGCACAGCGUCCCACGCUCAACAAGAAGGGCUUAUCGCGAGCCGUCUUCAGCAAUGCCAUGUUGGCCUAUUACGAUCCUCCUGACGCUAAGCGCGUUCGAGAUGUCCGUCAGACGUCGACGCCCCCACUGUGCGCGCCGCCAGUACUCAUCACAGUCCGAGGGCAGCUCUUUGCGCUCUUUUGUGAACACGAGUCUGACCUCGAGAGCUACGAAAAUGGCGAUCCUUCGACUGACCCGGAUGCCUCAACAAUACCCGUCUUGCUUGGAGAAUCGCACGAACUAUACUACAACCAACUCGAGAAUCUCAUUACGGAGUUGCACAUCCAUUUUGAAUUCUUCUACGAUGAGCAGCUCGAGAUGACAAUCUGUAUCGACGAUCUGGAUAUCCAGAUCCCCGAGGACAACGUCUACACGCGCGAACUGAGCCUGUAUGAUCUCGAGCGCUUGCACCGUGGCUGUGAUCUCCCAGGAAGAUUGCGACUGACGAUUGCUGAAAGUCCACGAUUGGUUUUCCGCUUCAACACGCUCGCGGACUACAUGGCAAAUUCUCUGGGAGACUCUGCAGAGGAAAGCUCCCCUGUGGAGGGACAAGAAGGCCACUUUGUCGAGGACGCUCUGUCAAAGGCGAUUGAAGCCGAGAAGGAGUCUGCUCGUAGUGAUGAUGGACGCGAAGAGUCAAACGAGGCACCGCGAGACGAAGAUGAAGCGGAUGACGAGCAUGCCGGUAGUGCAGGAGUCAGCCAGGGAGAAGACCCAGAUGAAAUGGAGGCAGCAAAGCAUAGCGAAGUUGACGAACGACAGAUCACCGAUCAAGCUGAUCCUGUCGAGGACGCUACAGCACGGCACGAGCUCGCAGGCGAGAGGAUGAAUGCAUCACAGAACGAGCUAGAUGGUGACGAAGCUGCACUGCGCGAGAUUGCAGAAGCAGAAGCCAAGACAGAUGGCCUCAUCUCUCCGAGUACAAGCACACAUAGUCUCACGCAAACCGCAACAGCAUUAUCAACCGACCAUAGCGAUAGAGCUUCCGACAUGCAGGCACGCGAAGCCAUUCCAAAAAGAGCGCAUAGCAACCUUGAAGGUUCUCCCGGGUACCCUGUCGAUGGAGUAGACCCUGCUGCAGGCUCCAGCAAAAGGCCAAAGGUUGCUGCUUGA